AUGUCGGUUCGCGUAGGUCAUCGCGAUCGCGAUCGCUUUUCGAGACAUUCUUCCCGCGCUUCUGCCGAUCUCGCUUUUCCAAGUAGUUCAAGUCGAGAUCACUCAUUCCGCUCGGUACAUUCGGGUCGCGUGCCGAGAGUUUCUAGCGAUGACUUAAUGGUACCUGUGCGCACUUUGCGCUCAUCGUCGUGUCGUGUGGCUUCAGGUGCGCCUCACCGCCUCCGGCGCCAUCACUCUUCUGCCGCCGAUUGUGAACGAGCUCGACGUUCUCGGCGUCAUACACUAGAACUCCCUAAUAGUCGCGGUCCAAGUGUUCGCAGCCGCUCUCCUGAACCGCCGCCUCUACCUCCGGAGCCUGAAAUUCCGCCGGAAGACGCUGGAAAAGAAGCACGGAGGCGUCGAGUUGUUGCAGCCGUGGCAGCGUCAUUCUUCGCACUCGCGCUGGCGUCAGUGCUCGUGGUGGUGGUUACGCUGACUCACAGCUCGGUUCUCCGCGCUCACAAUCAAACAGCCAAGUACUACACGUUCUCCGUGCCGCCGCACCAUCCUCUCAUUCGCCAGGAGAACGAGCGCAUGAUGCUCGACGCCCUUCAGGUGGGAAUCGUAAAUCGCACCCAGUCGUCGGAGGCAUUUCGCUGA